AAAAUAAAAGUACAAAGUUUAUCGUCUCCGAAAGAGAAGGUUAAAGAAAAAUGUCGAAGAUACUACAGCCGAUAGGGCAAAAGAGAUUGACGAACGUGGCCGUCGUUCGUCUCAAGAAGCAUGGGAUUCGCUUCGAAAUUGCUUGCUACAAGAACAAAGUCCUCUCUUGGCGUUCCGGCGUGGAGAAAGAUUUGGAUGAAGUGUUGCAGUCACAGACUGUUUAUUCAAAUGUUUCUAAAGGAAUUCUUGCCAAGUCUAAAGAUUUGAUUGACGCCUUCGGUACUAAUGAUCAGAGCAAAAUCUGUUUGGAGAUUUUGGACAAAGGAGAGCUUCAAGUUGCUGGGAAAGAGAGGGACUCUCAGUUUUCGAAUCAGUUUCGGGAUAUUGCAACAAUUGUUAUGCAGAAGACCAUUAAUUCUGAAACUAAUCGCCCUUACACUAUCAGUAUGAUUGAGCGGCUUAUGCAUGAAAUUCAUUUUGCUGUUGAUCCUAGUAGCAGUUCAAAGAAGCAGGCAUUAGAAGUCAUUCGUGAGCUUCAGAAACAUUAUCCUAUAAAACGAUCUCCGAUGAGAAUACGACUCACGCUCCCAGGACAAAAUUCUUCUUCUCUUUUGGAGAAGUUAAAUGUGUGGAAUGCUAGCAUUGUCUCGAAAGAUGAAUCUGGAAGUCAGCUGUCCAUUAUUUGUGAACUGGAGCCUGGUCUUUAUCGAGACUGUGAUGCUUUACUGAGGAGUCUGCAGGGAAGAUUGGAAAUCCUUGCAGUCUCAGUGCAUGCAGAAGGGGAUACAAGCAUGGAUCAGUACGAUGAUCACAAGGACGUUCCAUCACUCAAACCCAAGGCACCUGCUGAUGGUGUGCAGCAAGUGAGUGAGAAAAUGGAGAAACUCUCAACCAGAAUGGAGAAUGCUGAGGGGGCUGUAAAGCAAAACAAAUGUAGCACGUGCAAUGCUUAUGUGGGCGAUGCUAAGCAGUAUAGAGAUCACUUUAAGAGUGAAUGGCACAAGCACAACCUUAAACGCAAGACCCGGCAACUCCCUCCCCUCACUGCAGAGGAGUGCUUGGCUGACAUUGGAACGGAUGACUCAAAAUCAGAUUUGAAGGAUUAUUCAUUUUGAUAUGGAAUUACAGUAUUUUGGCUUUAUACGGGUGAGCACUGUCUGCACAGAUUUUUCUGUACACUUCUUUGAGGUGGUUUUAUUUGGGACGUGAUGUAGUUGCUCGGAGAUAUAGACUGGCAAAUAUUAUAAAUAUAAAAUUUGAUACAUAGAAAUUAUUGGCAUUCAUUGUGUGUGUGUGUGU